AGUCUUGAGCGUCACAUGAAAGUUCAGUGUGGGAAGAGUUUCACUCAAUCAGCAAGCCUUAAUGAUCACAUGAACAUCCACACUAGAGAGCAGCAGCACCCUUGUGAUCAGUGUGGUAAAAUGUUUUUAUGGGCUUCGAUUCUGAAGAAACACUUAGAAGUUCAUUCAAAAGAGAAGCAACAUUCAUGCAAUUUGUGUGGUAUCAGCUUUGUGCGUCUACAAAAUUGGAAAGAAGGUCAGAAAAACACUUCUGUGGGAGAGUACCUGUGCUUUGAGUGUGAAAAGACUUUUACUUCAGCGAGGUGUACAAAACUGCAUGAGAGUAUUCAGAAUGGAGAAAAACCCUUUAAGUGUUCACACUGUAAUAAGAGAUUCAGUCGGUCAGCACAUCUGAAAACACAUGAGAUGAUCCACACUGGAGAAAGACCCUACAAGUGUUCACACUGUGACAAGAGAUUCAGUCGGUCAGCACAUCUGAAAACACAUGAGAUGAUCCACAAUGGAGAAAGACCCUACAAGUGUUCACACUGUGACAAGAGAUUCAGUCGGUCAGCACAUCUGAAAGCACAUGAGAUGAUCCACACUGGAGAAAAACCUUAUAAAUGUGCACAGUGCAAUAAACAAUUCAGUGUAUUGGGGGUUCUUAAAAGCCAUGAGAAAACCCACACUGGAGUUAAACCUUACAAGUGUUCACACUGUGACAAGAGAUUCACUCGGUCAGCACAUCUAAAAUCACAUGAGUUGGUCCACACUGGAGAAAAAAAUUACAAGUGUUCACACUGUGACAAGAGGUACAAAAAGUCAAGAGACCUGAAAACACAUGAGAGCAUUCACACUGGAGUGAAACCUUACAAAUGUUUACACUGUGACAAGAGAUUCAGUUGGUCAGAACAUCUGAAAAUACAUGAGCGGAUCCACACUGGAGAGAAACCUUUUUCGUGUUCACACUGCAAUAAGAGAUUCAGUGAUUCAGGAGACCUAAAAAGACACGAGAGGAUCCACACUGGAGUGAAACCUUACAAGUGCUCACACUGUGACAAAAGAUUCAGUCAGUCAGCACAUCUGAAAAUGCAUGUGAGGAUCCACACUGAAGAGAAACCUUUUUCGUGUUCACACUGCAGUAAGAGAUUCAGUGAUUCAGGAGACCUAAAAAGACACGAGAGGAUCCACACUGGAGUGAAACCUUACAAGUGCUCACACUGUGACAAAAGAUUCAGUCAGUCAGCAAAUCUGAAAAUGCAUGUGAGGAUCCACACUGGAGAGAAACCUUAUUCAUGUUCACAUUGCAAUAAGAGUUUCGGUUUUUCAGGAGAACUUCAAAGACAUGAAAGGAUCCACACUGGAGAAAAACCUUACAAAUGUUCACACUGUGACAAACAAUUCAGCCAGUCAGCACAUCUGAAAUCACAUGAGUUGGUCCACACUGGAGAAAAAAAUUACAAGUGUUAACACUGUGACAAGAGAUACAAAGAGUCAAGAGACCUGAAAACACAUGAGAGCAUUCACACUGGAGUGAAACCUUACAAAUGUUCACACUGUGACAAGAGAUUCAGUCAGUCAGCACAUCUGAAAAUGCAUGUGAGGAUCCACACUGGAGAGAAACCUUAUUCAUGUUCACAUUGCGAUAAGAGAUUCGGUUUUUCAGGAGACCUUCGAAGACAUGAAAACACUGGAGUGAAACCUUUAAAAAGUGUUUA